AUGCAGAUUCUUCUCCGGGCCUCUCUUUGUGGAACGGAGGAAGAGAGAUAUCUGGCCAUGACAGAAGCACGGCUACGUAUUGGCAUCCUGUUCCAGAUCCCCAUGAGUGAGGUACGGAUUGAUCUGGUCCACUGCCCAGCAGGUGCGGAGGGAGAGCGCAAUUUGGGUGACCUCAAGGUCACGUGCAAGGCGGAGACAACCGAGCCGGCCGCACGCUAUUGGCAGGUUGUGGCUGCUUGGGAGCAACCUGGUUUCGUAGCGGUACAGGAGCUCCGCUUCUUUGCCGACGCGGGCUGCACGAGUCCGCUGCCAUCGCCGCGACUCCCAAGCCAAGCGACGGAGGCUUUGGCUGCCUCCUCUAGGGGUUCUGUGGCUGCGAUGAAGGCUUAUGAUGGGAACUCCUCCACUGCUUUCGCGCACCGCUGCUCCGGCGUCGACUGUGUGGUGCUACCUGGUGAGGCCUAUCUCGAGGUCCGGUACGAUGUGCCGCAGACAGUGGGCUGUGUGCAGAUUGACUGGACGGCCCCGAAACUCGGCGACUCAAGUCUGUCACCACUUUGGGUCUUGCGCCGCAGGCAGUCGGCCGCCAACGAGUGGAUCGACAGUGGCAUUUGGCGCGGCACGCGAGCUCCGGACAGCUGCCACGGAGUGGAAUGUGGAGCUUUUGGCGUCUGCCAGCCCCCGGGCAACGGCAGCAAUGCAAGCUGUGAGUGCUUCGAGGGCUUCCGCGGGCAGGAGUGCGACAAUCACACCAAGAAGGCCUCCGUGAGCCCUGAGAUCUUCGACAAUGUGCCGGACACCAGCAUCCCCCACGGCCAUUUCGAGCAGCACUACUACAUCCGUCGACCGGAGGACUGUGGCGAUCUGUGCCUGGCCGACUACAACUGCGAGAGCUGGGCCUACAGUCCCUGGAGUGAGAGCUGCCGCACUGGCACGUGGGCUCGAAGCGCCAGCUGUAGGCAGCCCUUAGCUGACCUCGGCUGGGGAUUCUUCGAGAAGCACCGCGGUCAAAUCCGGAUACCAUACUAUCCCACCUCCGACAACACUUGCGGAGUGAACGUGCCGGACGAGGUGUUGUCGUCUGGCCCUCACAUCGUCUCCCUGCGCAUCAUCACAGCAAGGCUCGGCCAAGACGAGGCCUCCCUGCGAGCAACGCUGGCAAACCUGGAAACGAAGCUGGAGAAUCUGCUGGGCUUUCCAAGCCUUCUGCUCUCCUCAUCGGUAGCAGACUCCUCGGAACGUCCAUCGAAUCUGCUGCCGGUUGGCCACAGGGUUGGCCUGCGGAGCUCAGAGGACCGGUACUUCGGCUUGGACGCUGCGGGCUCCUGGUCCUUCGAAUUCAAUGCGACCUCGGAGAGACACGUCUUGGAGGUCUUGGAUGUAGGAGAUGGAAAUGUUGCUUUGCGAAGUGUGGCAAGCCCCUUCCACUACCUGGAAGCGGUGAUAUCCAACGGAACUGUAGUGUGUGGUGGCUCCAGCUCAUUACCGUCGAACUCGCAUGGCUUCCGUUUCCGCGCCAAGGAGUUGCCAUCAUCGAUGGGGGAGCGUAAUCUGAUGCUUGUCAGCGUCGAUUUCGGCGUUGUUCUCGCUGCCUCUGCCAGUGGCUCGUGCAGCUGGAGACGCUGGGAGGAGCUUGGCAGCAACAUAUCGGCAGACGAUCCUGUCUUAGUUGUGCAGGAUGUCUCAGACGCUGCGGCUGCCGAUGUUGUCGACCAAGACGGAAGGGAGAUAAGCUCUGCCGACGGAGUGCAGACCACCACCGACUGGUUCUCCAUACAUUCAGGAUCUGGCCCGAACGCAUCGUGGCUUCAAAUUCCUCUGUCUUGGGAGGGCGUGACAGCGCCACCUCUGAUGGGCAAGCUGCUGUUCGGCGUGUGGGAGCAGCCUAUUUGGGUGAGCCCUGAUGGGCCCGGCGACCGUGGCUCGGAGGACUCCGACGGAGGACAGCCUGGCGAGAAUCCUGGCGAUGACGGCGUGGAUCCUGGCAGCUGGCAGGACUGGUCUAGCUGGCAGUCUGCCAACCCAUCAUCCGACGGAAGCGGCGUCAAUCGAACUCGACUGGUCAUUGAAGUUCAUUAUGAAGGUCCUUUCCAUCCGCUUCCCACAUGGCUUGGCUCCUGCCUGUCGGCACUUUUGGCAGUCAUGAUCAUUGGGACAGUCGCCUACUAUUUCCGAGGCCACUGGCAGUGCAGGAAAUCGAAGGUUGUUCCCGUGCCCAGCCAACAGCCGACACAAUGGGCUCCUAGCGGACAGGAGAAAAACACCUGGGCACCUCGAGUUGGAGGAGAAGAGGUCGUGCAGGAAGGGGAAGCUCCG